CUUACAGAAGGGCUGUCCUUCACUGGUGUAGCCAUAUCAUGUGGUAGUUGUUGUGCAGGUGGUUGUAGUGGGCGUCUACUAGCAACAACUGUCUCAUAAUCUUCUUUGUUUUGGAAAAGCAUUGUAUCGGCUUUCGAUAGUAUUUCUUUAUUUUCCUGCUUUCUUUUCAGACGGCUCUCUCUUAGUCUGGCUAUGUCUCUAAUCAAUUCUCUAACUCUCUAAUGCCAUUUUUGCGCAUCUUCCUUUCAUUAUUUUUGGUUCUUUCUUUAAUCUGUGCGCGCAGUGCCUCAAGGUCUGACACAUUAAGUCGCCCCUCAAAAUUGUAUUUUGUUAUCCAUUUAUCCAAAUAUUUAACGUUACUCUUGUCAUUAUUUUCAAGAACUUUAUAAUCUUUACACUUUAACCUAUCUCUAGGUCUCCCUGUAGAAUGUUUGUUACCCAUAUUAAAAGAAUUUGGACCAGUCCUAUCACUCCUGGGGAGGUCUCUAAGAACUGGUUUAACUUUUCUUGAUUGAGAUAGUGAUUAAAUUAUCUUUGUGGUAUUUCUCACUUCAACCCGUCAAGGUGGAGAAAUCUUGUCUUUACAUCCACAAAGACUCACUAUUUCCUUUCUCAAUUGAUUGGUAUGAGGACAACAACCUAGUGGUUAUUAUCUUCCAGUCACACAACCAUUCACACUCAGUUUUUAUUAUUUUCAGUUUUUCUAUUUUUAUUUUUAUUGAUUUUCUUAUUUUCUCGGCGCCAACGGAAUUUAACCCUGGGAGGACUCCGGCAUCCUUCACAUUAUCUACGGAAUUUAACCCGGGACGACUCCGCCAUCCUGUAGAAACGGACUUUUACUCACUAGCCUGUCAAAUUACAUCUAGUAGUGGGGCUCCGCCGCCCUUUCACCUAUUAGAGCCUAGGAUUUAUAGGGUUUCUCUACGCGCAAUGACCCCCAGUCACUCGCUUUUUAACAAAAGGCCUACUCACAGUCUGUUGCCUUUCUCCCUCGGUUCCCCCGUCAACCGUCAGACUCCAACCGGCGAGAAGAUAACCAGCCCGGAAAGGGUAUGUCACCUCGUAGCAGAGGGCCGUGGCCACGGUCUUUCUGGAUUCUUAACGUCCGUUGGAGUCCUCAGAGGCAUCAUGAUGGUACGAUCUCUUCUAUUUUUGCUCUCCUUCCAUUUGGCCCUUUCCCUACCCCAAACCGAGCCCCCACUUCUUUGGAAUCUCCCUUUUAUUUCCAUAUGGAACGCCCUGACUGACAAGUGCUCCCCACCACUGGACAUGGCACCAUUUCAGAACGUCAGCUCCCCUAGUCAUCCAGGCCAAUUCCUCACACUCUUCUAUGAAGGCAAGCUCGGACAAUACCCAAAAUAUGAUCACACCCAAAUACAACAAGAACGCUACGGAGGCUUGCCCCAAAAUGGCAACUUAACUGCUCAUUUGACUAAAGCUGAGAUCGACAUCGACAAGUACAUUCCCCAGGAUUCCUCACCAGGGCUGGCUGUGAUUGACUGGGAAAGUUGGCGCCCCCUAUGGGAUCAAAACUGGUCAUCGAAAAAACUUUAUCAAGAUGUAUCUAUCAAGCAAACUAGCAAAAAGGAACCAGGUUCAUUCAGAAAGACUAUUAAUGACGUUAAAAAAGAGUUUGAAACUGCAGCAAGAAGAUACAUGGAAGAGACCUUGAAACUUGGUAGAAAAAUGCGUCCUAAUCGUAGAUGGGGAUUCUAUCUUUUUCCUGAUUGCUUUAACUAUGAUUGGAUGAAGGAUACUGACUAUACAGGGAAAUGCUCCAAGAAGACGCAAGUGCAGAACAACCAGAUGUCAUGGCUGUGGGAGGCCAGCACAGCCCUGUUUCCAUCCAUUUACUUGAAUAAAAAACUGAGAGACUCAAAGCGUGUAGUUAUGUUUGUCCAAAACCGUGUUCAGGAGGCGCUGAGGGUGGCAACUCUGCCCAAUCAGAAACACUCUCUCCCGGUGUACGUCUACGCACGACCGCUCUACAGAGACCACAACAAUGUCUUCCUGAGUCAGAGUGACUUGGUGCACACAGUUGGAGAGAGUGCUGCUCUGGGGGCUGCUGGGAUCGUCAUGUGGGGGUCUUCAGUCGACUUUGACGACACGGUAUCAUGUGACUCCCUCUCCUCAUACCUGUCCUCCACUCUGGGUCCGUACAUUGCUAACGUCACCGCAGCGACCAUCCUCUGCAGUCAGGUGCUGUGUCAGGGCAAAGGUCGCUGUGUCAGGAAGAACUUUGAGUCUGCUCACUACCUGCACCUGAGCCCCGCCCACUUCAGGGUCCUCAGGUGCAGCAGUAAGUACGUGGCAGUGGGUCUACCCUCCAGAGAUGAGCUAACAGAAUGGGAGGACCACUUCACCUGUCAAUGCUACUACAGUCAGAGAUGUGGGCCCAAACUGGUGCCUCCAAAAACCAUCCAAGAGAUCUGGGUUUAAUGGAUCCAAGGGUAAACAGCAUCUCCUACUGAAUCAACAAAAAAGGAAUUACAAUCAUUUAAAAUAGAACUUGAGAAUCUUUAAACAACAUGUCAGUGUGAUCAAGAUAACCACAUUUGUUAAUAACUCUUACGACUUUCUGUAGCCAGAUGAUUUGCAGAACUGACCUUUUAUAGUUAUUUCCCCACAUCUCAGCUUACAAAGGGUUGUAUCAGAAAACAGUGUAAUGUGUGUCAUGAUUUAUGUUCAGUUUGGUCUGAAUAUAUUGAAUAUAUUCUUUCCAGUUUAAAUUCUCAUCAAUAUUUACACCAUGAAAUCACAUUUUUUGUCUUCUUUCAAUUAUGGUUCCACCCAUUUCUAGUUGAACAUUUGUUUACCAAAUAUCAAGUUUGGUUUUAUUUAAAUUAAGUGUUAAUUAUAAUUGUUUGACUCAAACCAUGAUUUAACUUUACUAAUUUCUAUAGUGAUUACAUUUAAUUUAUCCAAGUUUCCCUCUAUAACAGAACAUAUUUGUAUUAUCAGCAAAAAAAAAGACAACAACAAAACAAAACAAAACACAAUUUUCAGACAUUUUGAAACAUUACAUAAAUCAUUAAUAUGAAGGUGAAAUAGUUUGGGGCCCAAUACUGCCCCCUGGGGGACACUACAGGAAAUGUUUAAGCAUGAUGAUGUGCAGUUGUUCAUCUUCACAAACUGUUACUUAGGUAAUAUUUGACCCAGUUUAGAGCUACUCCUCUAAUACCAUAUCUUUCAAGUUUAAUGGCUAAAAUCCUGUGGUGUCUAUGGUAUCAAAAGAUUUUUUUUUUUUCAAAUUAUAAAUAUCCCAGCAGUAUGAUUAUUAUUGUCAGUAGAAUUUGUUAUUUCUUGUGUUUCUGUGUCAAUAAUUGUCAGUGAUGUGGAUUGACUUUUCCUAAAAUCAUAUUGAUUAUCUGUUGUUAUAUUGUAUUUUUGAAUAAAUGAUUCCAGUCUUGCAUCAAA